AAAACUUGAAAUAUAUGUCAAGAAAACUCAUACUGAUGUACUGUUAUAUAAUUGGAAGUGUCUAUUUUUGAACUGAUGGAAUGAUGGUGAUGAAAAAUAAAAUCAGUGCUGAAUUGUCUACAUUCUUAGAACUUUGUUUCAUUUUUGCAAAUGGACGUGUUUGACCCCUUUGAUAUUAAUAUGGAUUUUAUGAAAAAUUAAAGGACUUUUAACUGAAUACAAGUUGUGUUGUUUUUUCAUGACUGAAUGGAUGGUAUGAAGCUCCUCGUUGAUCCCUGACGCCCAACCCCACAAUGACACUGGAGAGGAACCUCCAGCCUCCCUCUGAGGUUGCGACCCGGAGAAUGGCCACCUGUCGACCCCCGGGUACCCUUGACCAUGCCCCAGGGGGGCUAGAUCAUUCCCCACGGGGACUAGAUCAUGCUCCACGGGGACUGGACCAUGGACACCGCCACGGGCCCAAAGAUGAACCAAUCAACAGCAGGAAUAGCCCCAGUAAUGUCCAUAUCCUUAUGACCAGCAGCUCGGACUUUGAAUUUGCAAAUAGUAUGCUACAGCUGGACCAUGAUGUUGACCAGUUGAGCCUGACAGAGCAGUCCCAGUCGUCCAGCAGUGAUGUGUCCCCCACCGCCCAUUCUGCCCCCGUCACCCCGUGUCACCGUUCACACUUAAGCAGUGUAGAUUACACAGGCACACAGGGUGGUUUCUUUGAGGGUCUACUGGGCUGUCUGCGGCCGGUAUGGACAAUGAUCGGCAAGGCUGCUGUGGCCGAGAUGAAGAAAGACAGCUCAGAUGACUGGGAGAUCCCGUUUGAGAACAUCACAGACCUUCAGUGGCUCGGUAGUGGAGCCCAGGGCCCAGUAUUCCUCGGAAAACUCCACGGUGAAGAGGUCGCGGUGAAGAAGGUGCGGGACGUCAAAGAAACAGACAUCAAAAACCUCCGCAAGCUCAACCAUGAAAACGUCAUUCCAUUCAAAGGUGUAUGCACCCAGGCCCCGUGCUACUGCAUCAUCAUGGAGUUCUGUCCGUACGGUCAGCUGUACGAGAUACUCCGUGAUGGGAAGGAGCUGCCCGUGACUCUCGUGCUCGACUGGGCCAAGCAGAUCGCCAGCGGCAUGAACUAUCUACACAAUCACAAGAUCAUACAUAGGGACCUCAAGUCGCCCAAUGUUUUAAUUGGGAAGAACGAUGUUGUGAAGAUAUCAGACUUUGGAACCAGCAAGACGUGGAACGAGAAGUCUACCAAGAUGUCGUUUGCUGGCACGGUGGCGUGGAUGGCCCCUGAGGUCAUACGGAACGAACUGUGCUCCGAGAAAGUUGAUAUAUGGUCAUACGGUAUUGUGCUUUGGGAGCUGUUGACGGGAGAGGUACCUUACAAAGAGGUGGACUCAUCAGCGAUUAUCUGGGGGGUGGGGCGUAACUCCCUCCAUCUCCCCAUACCUACCACCAUACCAGAGGGCUUCAAGCUGCUCAUGAGGCAGUGCUGGAGUGCCAAGUCCCGUAACCGACCGUCAUUCCGACAGAUCUUGAUGCACCUGGAGAUAGCCUCCCCUGAAUUGCUCAACUUCCAGCAGGACGACUUCAUCAAAUCACAGAUAAAGUGGCGUGUGGAGAUUGCGGAGUCCCUGGUGAAGAUCCACAGUGAGGGCAACCACCUGGCACAUAAUGAGGAGGAGUUGGUGAAACGUCGCUUACAGGAACUCAGGCAUGCCCAGGAUGUACGGGAACACUACGAGAGGAAGCUAGAGCGAGCCAACAACCUGUACAUGGAGCUCACCGCCUGUAUGCUGCAGCUCGAAAAACGAGAACGAGAACUCAUCAAACGUGAACAACAGCUAGCAAUGUAUGCCAAGAAACGUAAGAGCAUCCUACGCCCGGUGAUCAGACAGGAAGUACGCCUAGACAGGCUCACAAAGAAACGGGCGUACAAGUCAGGGUCAGAGCCCGCCAGCCCUGAAAAGAGUGGAGACUCAGCGAAGUUCCAGGCUGCCCCACCCCCUGUAGUGACAAGCCCCGGGGGUCUACACCCGUCCCCCAGCAAGAUGAGGAUGCGCAAAACCCGUCAUCGCCGUAGCAACAGCAAGGGCAACAUUUCUACCUCCAUCACGAGUCCCACAAAGAGCCCCACCAAGGACGCUCUUCAUGACGAACUGCAGGCAAAUAUGGUCUGUCUGCGCCCAGUAGACAGGACCAAAGUGUCUUCCUCGACCUUUAAUUUUCUGGGCCCCGCUACUGCCCUAAGGGAGCUAGGGAGCCCAACAGAAUGUCAAUCACAUAGAGACUUGGAUUUCAGUGCUAGUAAUGUCGACUGUGAUAAAAACUUGAAUGAUGUUUGUUUUGGAUGUGAGGGUCAUUGCUCGGACGUUACUUGUUCUAGCAAGGAGACGACUCCGUCCAGAGAGAGUGCGACAGAAGUUGACAGUAAUACGUGUGAGUCCUCGCACUAUGACACCACCCCAAGCCCGAUCAGUCCAAGAGAUAACCUUGUGAACCUAGUGGAGUUUAAGAAUAACAGAAAUGACACAAAAUCAAAAGUAAACGCCACAACUAACUCUGAAACACAGUCAAAUUCUUUAGGAGAAAUGGACUCUAACGAGAAUUUGAAAUCCUCGUGUAUGACCACUAGUGACAGUCUCAGCGAUGCUCCCAUUAUUGAAAUAACCAAGGGAGACAAUGUAAAUGUAGACUUGACAAUGAAGAGGAGUAUUUCUGAUGUGGAGUUGUCUCCCUCUAACCCACCGUCCCCCCUGGGCUUGGAUGACUCCAUGGAAGAAGACAACUUCAUUGGGCAGCCCCGAGCUCCGGGAAGGUUUAGGAGAAGUACUAAACAUUCCGAAGACUCUUGGUCCGAAGAAGGAGAGGUCAGCUCUGACGACGGUCGUCGGCAUGGUACCACCAGUAGGCGGUCCUACUGCCUGUCCGGAAGCUCUGACGGGAAUCUGUCCGAGGAGGAAAACACUAGUGAGGUGUCAAUGACGACGGCACCUGACGGGCUACUGUCCACAAACUCAUCGGAGAACCUUGAGCUGGAACUGUCCCGGUGCGUACAAGAUCCAGGAAACAGCGAUACGGAGGCAAGAUUCCAGCAGUUAAAACAGCGCGCAUCACCACAGAGGUCCUUUGAGGUCCACCAUGGCUACACAAGCUCCGACUCUGAUCAGUGUUCUGACAUUACCGUACACACGGCCAUUCACAGAAAACGCCCCGUCGACAAACCAGAGUGGUGAACGGGGAAACGUUGUCAUAUAGACAAUUAUAUUAACGCCAUUAAGGCUGGGCACAGAAUGGUGAAGACAGAAAUAUCUUCAUCUUAACAAAUAGUCACAUCCACAGUGCAAACCUCUGUUUUCAACCAUAAAUGGUAAAUGAUGAAACAUUACCAUCCAUAGAACCAGAAAUACUGGUAGAAUUACUAGAGUUGCACAAGGAAUGUUGCUGGGCCACUGUGGAAAACUGUAAACGGUGAACAUAGAAAUAUCCUAAAUGGAAAAUUUCAGACCACGCCAGUUAUGAAGCAUAUGGCAUAUGUGAACAUUAGGAUCACAUCAAAGCAAUGUCAGGCUUGAAUGUUGGACAUCAGCCAAACAGUUCAAGUUCUGUAGUUCUGUAGAUCUGUAGCCAACCGUGGAAGGGAAUUAUGUCCGCUACAUAACUGACAAUGAUGACAAUGAUGGCCGGAGGAAUGGCCACCUUGCUCCGGCCACUUGAUGAACCAUAACAUUAACCAAAACCAAAACAUUAUCAGUGUAAGCUCUAUAGGGCCAAUACCUUAAUACAUGUUUAUGGAUUCAUUCACCUAUUCUUUUCACAACGGCCUUUGUCAAGACAAGUGCAAAUAAUCAUGGCAACUGUGAAUAAUUCAACUUGCAUUAUCACAUUGGAUUUGUUUGAUUACAUACAAUGCUGACAUGUAAAUUUGUGAACAUGUAAAGAAUGAGCUGCUCCUUGAAGACUGAUCUGGCAUUAUGGAAGAUUUACAAAACUGAGCUAGCUGCAACAUGUGACCACACAAUCAGCUGUCUUGUGUCAUGUGUAACAGAGUAGAUUGCGCAAUUGUUGACGACUCUGUCAGCUGUUUACUGUCAUUUGCUGGCUAUAAUCAGGUUUAGGGCAAGGAUGGAUAUUGUAACAGAAGAAGCCAGUUCCAUUAUAUAUGUGUCCUGCAUACAGAUAAAAAAACAUAGAGGACAGAGUUGCAAACAAAAACCUGGAACAGGAGGUUCCGAAUUUCUCUUAAAGUUCCUGAAUAUGUUUGUCAAGUGAAUUAAAUUGACCUAUAAGUGACAUUGAUAUAUGACCUUUGUAUAAUGAACAACUAAAUCAGUGUUUACUUUCAAGUUCAAAGAGUGAACGUGUUAAUAAAAUCAAAAGUGAGCCACAGAUUUCUUGGAUUAUUAAUUUAUUAUUAAUCUCAAAGGCUGCUUUAUAUUGAUUGUAUAAAAACUUGAAAUGCUACAUUCCAGUGCUCGUGUGGGAUGUUAAAGUGUGCUAUUAUUAGUGAAUACAUUGUGAUUCUACAUAACUUUAAAAUUUAGGUGUUAAAUAUAUGCAGUGAAAAUAAAUUGUGACGCAAACAAACUUUGGUGAAAUGGUCAGAAAAAAACGUCAAAACGUUUUGUGAAAAAUUGUAAUAGUUUGAAAUAAGGUGAUACUGGAAAAAAUAUGUUUAGUGGUCUUGAAUAUCUAAGAAUUUCUGUACAAAGAUAUGAUAUUUAAUGAGUGUAUCAACCAUGUGUGCUAAGCUUAUGUUAACUGGGCAGCAGUAUUCUUAAAACAUCUUAAGUUAUUUCUUAACUUGAGUUGUUCUCCUUAAACAGUCAUAGUCAAUUUAAAAGAAAAUUUUAAGGGUUGUUUUUUUUACUUAAAAUGUAUGUAUUUUCAGUUAUGUUAAUUAAGUAUAAUUUUCAGAAGUUUUCAUGCUUAACUUUGGAGAAAUUACUAAAGUAAGCAAAUGUUUUAAGAUGUUUUAUAAAUAUCUGCCCUGGUUGAAAGAUUUUCAAAAAAUCUCUUAAAGACUCUCGGGUGGUAUUCAAUAUUCAACUUAAGUCAAUCUUGUGGUCAUACAUCACUGACUUCAUUCACUCAAUUGGUCAGUUAUUAAAAACAAGUAAUCCGAUGAGCUACAUCAUUCUUAGACAAAUUAAGAACAAUAUUGAAUACCACCCCUGGCACGAUUUUAAUUAGCAAUCCUGUAGUAUGCAUUAAAAUGGUAUCAGAUCAUGAAAUCAUGAGUUAUGUUGAUUUUUGAUGCCUGGCUACCCUUUGUUAAGUUGGUGUCAUUAUGAAGAAAAGAAAUGUUCAGAAAAAAGAAUAUUAUGUAAUCAUUAUACUGGAAAUAAUGUAACAAACAUAUCUGUUAAUUUUGCAAAAUAGGUCAUUACAUAUCUAUUUAAUUUGAAGUAAAUAUGGUAAGUUCUACAAACUGAAUGUGAAUUUUCUAUAUUUUCUUAUAGUUUGCAAGCAAUAAACUUUCAUAUGAUACCAAAAUUACCAUUAUAUGGGGUCACCCAGUAUCAAAUAUUGCACAUAAUGGUGGUUUUGAUACCUUAAAGCUGCACUCUUACAGAAUGAUGGACCAUUUUGAAAACUUUUUUACUUUUUGUCUUCUAAGACAUUCUUAUGAGCCAAUUUUUGACAAAUGUCUGAGAACCAGUUAUAUAAAACUACUGCCAAAGGAUCAGAUCGCAGAUUUUUUCACAUUUACAUUAAAAAAUUCAUGUUUUACGCAGAAAAACUCUUUUUAUCUUAAAGCCUUAGUAACUCUUUUAGCCACAAAACGUCAAUUUUUGAAUAUAAUAUUUAAAACUGCAAUCUGAUAUUUUGCCACCAGUCUCCUAUAACUGGUUCCCAGACCUUACGCAAAAAUUGGCUCCUUCCAAGACAAAAAAUAAGAAAGUUGUCAAAAGAAUCAAUCUGUGAGAGUUUAGCUUUAACCUAUUGUGAAUUUGAACAGAGAGAAGUUAUCAAAUAAUAUAUUAGUUUAAGCUUAAAUUUUCAAGCUUUGAAGGAAAAUAUUUCUACUAUUAUUAUCUCUGAUUAUCUAGAUUAAUUAUUUGAAUAUAUGCAAUAAACUAUAUGAUUGUGUAAAUCCUAUCUAUGUUACACUGUUAUUAUGUUUUGAAAGAGGUAUCUUGUUGAUUUUUUUUUAUAAUGUGAAUAUUCUAUUAUUGAACCUCUUUGUCACACCUAUUUCUGUUAGCAUAUAUGCCAGUGUGUGUUUACUACGUGAUAAACGCUACGUUGGAGGGCAACAUUUUGCUUCAAAUGAAGACUUUAAACAAAGAUAACUUCCCUAUUUCUUCACCAUUUUAAAUGAAACAGCGCAGUCUAUGCCGCUUACGGAGCCCCGCCUCUGGUCUUUUACCAGAGUUUGAUUGAGAGUCUAGUUUCUUAAAACACUUCGAGGAACCUUUUUUACAAUACGGCAGUCUGACAGAGCACUGUCAAAACAUUAUUUUGGAAACAAGUCUCAUUAAGCGGCAUAGACUGCCAUUUGUUUCAUUUAAAUGGAGUAGUAAAAGAAAAGUUAUCUUCGUUUUUAAGUCUUCAUUUUAAGCAAAAUGUUGCCUUCCGACGUAGCAUAUAUGACGUAAUUUAUCACGUGAUAUACACACACUGUUUGCUGUCAUAAUUGUGAAUGUUGAAAGAUUUUUGUUGGAGAUUUUACAAUUUAUUAAUUGGUGGUUGCAAAGAAAGGUCAAAUACACCAAUUUGAUGUUUUCAAAUGAAAAUGUGUGGUUAUUUCAAGUGCUAGGUAUUCUGUAACUUGCAGUGUGUAACUUCCAAAUGAUCAAAACACUUUUCCUUAUGUUACCUGAUAUAAAAAACUCAAGUUUUGACUAAAUUAUUGGGAUUUAGAUAUGUUAUAACUAAAAUUAUAUAUAUAUAUAUAUAUAUAUAAAUGUUUGUCUGAAGACCCAAAAUUGUGUGUCCUGGCCCAUUAUCGGUUCUAAAGUUCAGGAUUUUUCUGAUUACAGGAUUCAGAGUUUUAACUUCAGACUUUUUGAAAUUGUAAAAAAUGUUUUUCUCUCAAAAAUUUAAAUGGAUUGAAAACAGUAUGAAGUAUCUUGAAAUGAAUAUACAUGACUGGAUUUUUUUCAAAAGGGGUCUAAGCCCCUUUACCCUGCUUGAGGCAUGAAUCCCUCACACACAAGCAUCCCCCCCCCACAUUUUUCAGGGUUGACAAUUAUUAUCUGUAAGAACCUCUACUGCUUAUAUAAACAAAGUAAUUCAUGUGCUAAAUCUAAACUUUCAAUGAAUUUUUUCUCAUUUGUCGAUUAUCUGAUAUGAAAAAUUCAGUUUUGGACCAAAUAAAUAAGCAGGGAUUAAAAUUAUGUAUUAGGUAUAAAUUUACAUAAUUUAACUUUAUGUUAUAAUUGCUGUUUUGUGCAUGUAUAUUAACAUACAGUUCCAAUACAUGUGUACCUUUGUACAUGUAUAUACAUGUUUUACAUGUAGACUAGUCAUUUCAAUUCAUUGGUUGUCAUUUCUUAUAAAAUCAAGGGUUUUAUAUGUACAUGUUGAUAACGGCAUUUGACCAAUUUUUAUCAAAACCAUUUUUUGUAAUAUUUUAUCUCCGAACCCUAUACGUGAUGCAGGCAUCGGUUCUUACGUUCAAACGUUUUACACUUUGUGUCAACGUUAAUGCAUAUAUUGAAAUAAUAAAGCCAGUGAAAUAUA